AUGGACAGAGGUGCCAUUCCUGCAACAACUUUAUCUGGAACAAUUUCGUACAAUUCGACAUCACCAAACAUUGCUUCAACAAGUCAAGUUGAUAGACGACCUGUGAACAACAAUGCAAAUGACAUUGACCCUCCAGCAGAACAUGAAGAUCCCGUUGGUUUCGAUGCCAUAAAUUUGAAUGAACCUGCUGACGAUGAUCCAUUAAUUGACAAUGAAGAUUUGGAAGAUGUUAACUCAGAUGAAUUAAUGAACGACGUUGCUGCAGCUGGUCAUGCAACAGCCAUGUGGGACAUGGGAGAUCCUACUAACGAGUGCGAGCAUUGCGGAGCCAUGUUCUGGUAUGAUGAAAGAAAGAGAAGGAAAGUACCUACAAGAACACCAAAAUUUCCUCUAUGCUGUUUGCAUGGGAAGGUUCAACUACCAUUGCUCAAAGCUGCACCUAAAAUACUCCAAGACUUGCACGCAAAUGAAACUGAUAAAAGCCGACAUUUCUUAAAGAACAUAAGGAUGUUCAAUGGAAUGUUUGCAUUCACGUCUAUGGCUGGAAAGGUGGACAAAAACAUAAACAAUGGACGUGGUCCUCCAAUCUUCUUGCUCGGAGGACAAAAUUACCAUUCUAUUGGUAGUCUCAUACCUCCAGUUGGUCAAAGUCCCAAAUUUGCCCAGCUUUAUAUUUUUGACACUGAAAAUGAGGUUGCUAAUAGGAUACAAGCUCUCAGGCCAAGCGGUGAUGCUCAUAAGUUGGAUGAGCUAAUUGUCAGAGACUUAAAAAACAUGCUAGAUGCAGAGAACCCUUUGGUUAAGUCAUACAGAUAUGCUAGGGAACAAUACAGAUGUGGUGAUUUUUCUAAUGUCAAGCUAAGGUUAAUUCGGCGGAGGGACAAAGAUGGGAGAACUUAUAACCUUUCCACAGCAUCUGAAGUUGCUGCGUUGGUGGUGGGUGACAUAGAUGCUACUGUUAAGAGAGAGAUCAUUGUUGAAACACAAUCCAGGUUGAUCAAGCAUAUUGACCCUACAUAUCCGUCAUUUCUUUCACUUCAAUAUCCACUAUUGUUUCCAUACGGGGAGGAUGGAUGGAGACGAGGUAUUUUAACUAAAGAUUAUGACGCACCUGGAAGAAUGAGAAAAAAGGAUGACAUUGCCAUGCGCGAGUGGUUUGCAUAUAGGUUGCAAGAAAGAAAAGGGGAAUCACCUAUUGUUCUUCAAUCUAGGAGACUGUUCCAGCAAUUUCUGGUGGACUCUUAUACCAUGGUUGAAGCUGAUAGAAUGCGAUAUUAUAGGACAAUACAGCCGAAACUGCGAGUGGAACGUUACAAGGGAUUGCACGAGUGCUUGGUCCGUGGAGAAACAAAUGCAGCUGCAACAGGUCAGCGAAUCAUAUUGCCUGGAUCAUUUACUGGAGGGCCGAGAUACAUGUUCAACAAUUGCAAGGACUCAUUUGCCAUUUGUAGAUAUAUCGGAUAUCCUAGCUUAUUUAUCACUAUGACAUGCAAUCCAGAAUGGCCUGAAGUCAAACGUUUUGUUGAAACACGAGGUUUGAAGCCUGAGGAUAGACCCGACAUACUUUGUAGAGUUUUCAAAAUGAAGUUGGACGAACUAAUUGCUGACUUGAAGAGCGGAAAAGUGUUCGGAAAGAUUAGUGGAUAUUCAAUCACCAUCGAAUUUCAAAAGCGAGGUCUUCCCCACGCACACAUUUUGGUCUUUGUCCAUGCCAAAUUCAAGCCCAAGACCCCCGAAGACAUCGACAAAGUUAUAUCCGCAGAAAUUCCAGACCGUACCAACAAUCCUGAAUUAUUUGAGGCUGUGCAGAAGUAUAUGAUUCACGGACCAUGCAGUGUACUAAAUUUGAAGUCACCAUGUAUGAACAAUGAAAAAUGCUCUAAGUUCUUUCCUAAAGAGUUUAGGACGAGGACCAUUAUUGAUGAUGAAGGUUUUCCUAAAUAUAGAAGAAGAGAGGAUGGCAGGACUGUCAAAAAGGGCAAAACUGUGCUGGAUAAUAGAUAUGUUGUACCAUACAACCCAUUGCUACUCCAAAAAUAUAGAGCUCACAUUAACGUUGAGUACACGUGCCAGACAAGUGCAAUAAAAUAUCUUUUCAAGUAUGUCCAUAAAGGCAACGACAGAGUGACGACUGAAUUUUACCGAACUUCGGAUUCAAGUAAUCCAUCCCAGCGAUUGUUUGGAUUUGAAGUGCACUAUAGUGAGCCUCCAGUUGUGAGGUUGCCAUUCCAUCUUCCAGGUGAGCAAAGCGUAGUGUACAAUGACGGUGAGACAGUACAUGAUGCAAUUGAAAAGGCCGACAUUAAGAAAAACAAGUUUAUAGGUUGGAUGGAGGCUAACCAACUUUAUGCGGCUGGACAAGACAUUACUUAUUCAGAAUAUCCCACCAAAUUUGUUUGGAAAGACGACACAAGAGAAUGGCGCCCUAGAAAACAGGGUUUCUCAAUUGGUAGAAUUUCACAUGUGCCUCCAUCAUGCGGCGAGGACUAUUACUUAAGGAUCCUUCUGAACGUUCAAAAAGGUUGCACGAGUUUUAAAGACAUUCUCACUGUGAAAGAAGUGACCUACAGUACUUUUAAGGAUGCGUGUUGUGCUCUUGGUUUGCUAGAAGAUGACAAAGAAUUUGUAGACACAAUAAAAGAGGCCAGCUUCUGGGGGUCAGGAGAGUAUCUUAGAAGACUGUUUGUGGUGUUGUUGAUGUCUAACAACAUGUCAAAUCCCGAGGUAGUUUGGGAUAAGUGCUGGAAAGAGCUUUCAGAUGAUAUUCUCUACAGACAAAGAAGACGCUUAGAUUACCCAGGACUGAAUCUAACAGAUGAUCAGAAAAAAAACCUGGCGCUCGCUGAGAUGUGA